UGUGCGGUGUGGUCUGCUGGGUCACCGGCUCGCACGGCUCGCACAACUCCGCUGCGAAUCAAGCAGAUAACAUUACUAAUUCGCCCGACCCGCGACACCCCCUCCCUGCCUCGCGGUCUCAAAAAUGGGCCAAAACAUAAAGCUAGCGGUAGUAAGACACUAGGAAGCGCCUGGGUCUCGUUUGUGGGCGGUAUCGUCGUGGAUACGUCUGUUCAAGAGACGCUACGCUGUCAAGCAGUCUCUCACCAUAAGACGCAGCGACUGUAAGCGCGUCUGCAGUCGUGCAGCCGGUCUAGGCGCCAAUCCCACAAGGCUACCUUUUAUUGACAAGCUCGCAAUCAUGGCAUCCGAGAGUAAGGCAGAACACGAUCCGACGAAGAGUUGUAGCGCCUGUGGCAACUACAAACCUCGCGUUGCAUUUGGCAAAAAACAGUGGUCCGCGAGAGCCGUGCGCCGAUGUCGCGAGUGCGCGGAUAGCGGGAGGACCGUCACGCUCUGCGAGCAUGGCCGCGGCCGCGACUGCGCGAUUUGCGACGACGCAGCCGCGGCCGCCGCGGCCUCGGCCGCGAUGGCCGCGGCCGCCCGCAUCGACGCGCUUGCGACACGUGUCGCCGAGACGCGCGUGACGAGAGCGGCGCCACCGGAGAUGACUCGUCGACAGCGGAGGAUAUUGCGGCGCGUCUGCCAAGUCUGCGUUCGAAGAGGCCCCCUCUCCGAGGAGCGCUUUCCCGUGUGCGGCGGGUGCAUGAGGCGGCGCUACUGCUCGGAGUCCUGCCAGGUGCGCGACUGGGGCGGGAGGCACAGUGAGAUGUGUGCUCUCAUGGCCGAAAAGCGGUGCGAGACUCCCGCCUGUCCCGGGCAUAUCCUCAAGCGCUGCGACGACUGCGCCUCCGUGUUCUGUCUAGUUUGUGAAAAUGGGGACCACCUCAACCCCUGCAGCAUGUGCGAGAGGGCCUCCUGCGAGGAUUGCUGGGGCGUGCGUUACUGUAGUAGUUGCCAUAAUCCGUACUGCGAGGACUGUCGGCUCGUUAUGCAUUGCGGCGAGUGCUUUAAAGGUUUUUGUGACAAUUGUAAGAUGGUUGGCUUUUGCUCGCUCUGUAAGACUCCUUACUGCGAAGACUGCCGCCCGACCUGGUUCUGCUCGAUCUGCGACGAACAAUUUUGUGACGAUUGUCGGUUCACGAGCUUCUGCGAGGAUUGUGGGGAGCCGUUUUGUGAAGAGUGU